UUCGAAAACAAAAGGUUCCUGACUUAGAAAUCCUCGACCUUGGUGUAACUAAUAUCGACGUUGAUAUUGCAAUACCAAAAAAUUUGGCCGACCGAAUAAUGUCUGUUUAUGCAAAUUUAUUACUGCAAAAAUCUCUUGGUCGAAAUAGUGAUUCGUUUCUUUCAAUGAUGCGCUAUAUACCAAUCGAUCAAUCUGAUGAACCAACUUAUAGGGUUACCCUUGGAUAUAGUUAUCCGACAAAUCUUGAUAUUAAAGAUAACAUAUUAAUUGAUGAUAAUGAUCCUGAAUCUGUCAUAAAACAUGCAAUUUCAAGAAUUAAACAAUUACGUCCACCCUGUGAAUUAACAGAUCUAAUGCUUAAAUUACUUUCACUUGUUCCAUUCUCUCAUCCAGGUAAAAAGUAUCCAUUUCGAACGUAUCACCCUCCACGACAUCGUCAACUUCGUGAUAUUAAUCCAUUAUCUGUCCCACCCUGGAAAAAUGAUAGAAUAAUUUUGUUAGGUGAUGCUGCUCAUGCUAUGAAUUCACUAUUAGGAUUAGGUGUAAAUAAUGCAAUACAAGAUGCAGAUCUAUUGACCAAGGAAUUACUUAAUUAUGAAAAUGAUGAUUUAAUCGCAUGCAUUCGACGAUAUAACGAAAAAAUGCGAGUUCGAUCAUCUAAAGAUGUUAUGAAAUCACGUAACAUGGCAUUAAGACAACGACGUCCGUUGGGAAAUUUUAGCCUAGCCAUUAGAUAUUCUAUGUUAAGA